GCCUCAAUAUUUCUGUUAGUGCUUGUUCAGAAAGAAAAGCAAGUCUCUACUUAUCGGAUAAAUUAGUUGAAAAUUAGCCAAAGAAUUUACACGUAAAUUCACUGGACUUAAAGCUGAAAACAAUGCCGACAAACGGCGUGUCUUCAAGACUGGUGGCGUUUAUAGACCCAGAAGAGCUCGAUAGAGUUGGAUUACAGACACCUUUCCAGCGUCUUGCUCUUCAAAUGCAAGACAUUUUAGGAGAUGGAGGAAUUCUCAAAGAAGUGGUGCACGAGGGAGAAGGUCCGCCUAUACCUAAAGACGCUUCGGUCAGCUUCCACUUUUCUGGAUUCCUGGAGUAUUCGGAUCAGCCUUUUGAGUCGACGAGGAGGUUCAAGUUUCCCAAAAUGAUGAAGCUUGGAAAAGACAUGACUAUGUGGGGUCUUGACCUCGGCCUGCGGACCAUGCGGAGAGGAGAGUUCUCUCGUUUUCUCUUGAAACCCAGCUACGCCUAUGGAGAGAGAGGCUGCCCUCCUCUCAUCCCACCAGGGGCCACCGUGCUGUACGAGGUGCAGGUCAUCGACUAUCUCGACUCGGCCCAAGUGGAUGAGUUCUUUGCACUUUUGCCGGAAGAGCAGAAUUUGGCUCCUUUGUCUAUGCUGCUGAAUAUAGUCGACACGGAGCGAUGCUUUGGAAACCGCUGUUUCAAGCAAAGCCGCUACGAAGACGCCAAACACAGAUACAAGCAGGCCUUGACGUUGCUAAGGAACCGUGAGCCAGCGGACGAAGAGGAGAGCAGACGUGUGGAGGAGGCGAGCCUGCCCUUCCUGCUCAAUCUCUCCCUCGUCUACCUCCGCCUGGAGAGACCUCACAAAGCCCUGCAGUUUGGCCAGAAGGCUCUGAAAAUCAGCCCCGCUAACACCAAAGCGCUAUUCCGCUGUGGUCAGGCUUGCUUAGAGAUGAACGACUACGAGAAGGCACAAGAUUACCUCACCACGGCUCAGGCCAAGAAGCCUUUUGACACAGACAUCAACAACUUGCUGCGAAAGCUGGCAAUUUGUUACAAGGAACAUCUGGACAAGGAAAAAGACAUGUACUCCAAAAUGUUUUCUGCUGUCAGAUCGGAGAAGUGAACAUUUCCACGCCAGUGGGAUUGAAGGAAUAAAAAGAACCCGGAGCUGCGAUUUCACCCUAAACAUCUUGUUAAAGUAUAACGGAAGGUUCACGAACCUUAUAGAUUUAUACGUAACAACUACUAAUUAAGUUCAUUUAAGUUCAUUUUUGUUACCUCUCAAUUCUGCAAUGUCAAAGUUUGCAAAUGCGUGAAAGAGUUUUUUCAAUAUUGUUUGAUUAAGUCAUUGAUUUCCUGUAUAAUGCGGAGUUUUGCACUUGCAUGUUACAAUACCGCAGUAAGUUUUUCUUUCCUUACCUAUUUCAAUACAUAUUUUUCCUGACAAAUUUUGUAAACACGCCUCCACACGUCUCAUUGCACGUUUAUAAUGCCCUUCUUCUGUUUUCCAUUCUGCUUUUCUGGCACAUCUUGUGCCCCAUUUACUUGCCGUUUCACAGCAAAUGAUGUCUGAGCAUUAAAAAAACAAAAAUGGC